UAUUUUCUUAAUACUUCGCCCAUCAUGCUACGCAGAGACUAUGCAUACCUCACCUUCUUCCUCAUCCAUAUCCCCAUCAUCUUCCUAAUCGACACGGUCCCCCUCCAACCAACCUUCCUCCGCACCGACCUCUCCCAAUCCCUGCGCAACUUCUACAUCACCACCUAUCGCGAUAAGUUCUUCGAGGAGCCCGCCCCGGUCUGGUUCACCACCUUUAUCUGGAUGGAACUGCUGUACCAUGUUCCCCUGAGUGCGUGGGCUGUCUGGGCACUACUCCGAGAUCAUCCUCUCGUGCCUGUCAAUCUGCUUAUCUUUGGCGUCCAGGCUUGUGUGACGUCUUUGACUUGUUUGGUCGAUGUGUGGAGUUGGGAGGAUCGCUCAACCGACGAGAAGGUGCAGAUUACGUAUCUGUACGGGCCUUAUGUGGCUUUGGGUGCCUUGAUGGCCUUGGAUAUGGUCUUCCGCUUACGAGACAAAUUGACCAAGCCCAAACGCGACUAA